CCGGAAACUCCAUUAAAGUGGACCUCUCCUUUCUUCUUCUGAAAUUCGGGAAUUAAUUCUGCCUUCGCGGCGUUCGGUAACGUUUUUGGUUUCGAUUCAGGUCCGGAUUUGGAUAAUUUAUGGCUCCUCCUCCUCCGCAGCCGGUGGAGCGUAACGGAGGAGAAACGUCAGUCAGCGGAGAGACGCAGCGGGCUGUGCCGACGCCGUUCCUGACGAAAACGUACCAGCUCGUCGACGACCAUUCCGUUGACGACGUGAUCUCCUGGAACGAAGACGGAUCCACCUUCAUCGUCUGGAAUCCGACUGAGUUCGCCAGAGAUUUGCUCCCUAAACAUUUCAAACACAACAAUUUCUCCAGCUUCGUUCGCCAGCUCAACACAUAUGGAUUCCGCAAAAUUGUGCCGGACAGAUGGGAGUUCGCAAACGAUUGCUUUAGGAGAGGCGAGAAGCGUUUGCUGUGCGAUAUACAGCGUCGGAAAAUUGUGUCGCCAGCGGCGGCCACAGGCGCGGUCGCCCCAGCCGCGGUGGUAGCCUCUGCGGCGGUGACUGUGGUCGCAGCGGCGGUUCCUCCACCACAGACGGUGAAGACAGUUUCGCCUUCCAAUUCGUGCGAGGAGCAAGUUGUGUCAUCCAAUUCCUCUCCGGGGACGGGCUCCAGAGAAGCAGCAGCCCAAGGAAAAAGCAUGGCGGAGCUGAUCGGAGAAAACGAGCGGCUGAGGAAGGAGAACACGCAGCUGAGCAAGGAGCUGAGCCAGAUGAAGAGUCUCUGCAACAACAUAUACCUAUUAAUGUCAAAUUACUCCAACAACUGCAGCAAUCAGCCUGCAGAUAGCAGGUCGAGGCCGCUAAAGCCGCUGGAUCUAAUGCCGGCCGCCCCUGCAGCUUGCGGCGGAGAGAGCCAGCCGGAAGCAAGAGCGACACUAUUUGGAGUUCCGAUCGGGUCGAAGCGGGCGAGAGAAGGUGAAAAUGAUUCGGCUGAGCAGGACAGCGAGCUGCGGCUGCAACUCCCCGUGGCGGCGGCCGGCAUGAAACUAGAGCCCUCCGAUCCACAAGAGGGCGACGGGAAGCCGUGGAUUAGACAUUGCCAAAGACGAAAUCAAAGAAUGAGUGAUUAAACAUGGAAUACUUAGCCUAACCAUUGUGGAAUCGUUCUCCAGAAGCCCGUUUUUUACUAGUUUUAGUUUUUAAAAAACUCUAUGGGUUAACUUCUAGUAAGGAGGUAUUGGUGAGGUCGAUUAGGAUUAACCACUUUUUUUCAUAUACCGAAUAAUGGAGUGAAAAUGUGAGAUUUCAAAGGGUCUGUGUUUGUAACAUAGUAAAGUUUGUAAUGUAAAAGUAAUGUAUAUACAAACCCUAGUUUGGAAGGUAUGUG